AUGGACAAAACCUCAAAUAUCGUCUUCCUGAAGAACCAACAAGGCGGAUUCGCGGAUAUGGAUAUCGACUGCGACGGAGCCGGCAAAGGACAAGGCGGCUGUAGUGACGACCCGACUGGUCUGGGCGAUACGUCCUUCAAGAGCCAACUGCAGGAUCUGACCAAGGGAGCUGUCAAGGAUCUCAACACCAACAAACACACCUUCGUUGUGCUCAGCAACUUCAUCAUCAACGAUGCUCAAGGCGAUAGCCGCAAGCCCUUCGACAUUGAGACAGCUGGUGUUGAGCCACUGUCCAUUGUUGCCGUCAUUUGUGGGAAUCAGAUGUUUUACGGCGUGUAUGGAGAUCAGAACGGCGGUGUAGUCACGGGCGAGGCUUCACUUUCCCUGGGGAAAUUGUGCUUUCCCAAUGAAGGACUGAGUGGCAACAAGGGCCAUGGUGCGGCUGACGUUCUUUACUUGGCGUUCCCGGGCGCUAAGGCACCUGCCAAUGCUUCGUGGAAAGCCAAUGACGCUAAGACAUUCGAAGCUUCGCUGGCCGCAGAGGGAGACAAGCUUGUAGCGCGUAUUGGGAAGGCACAGUAG